AUAGCAGCCAGAGAUAAAAAAGGGAGCGACAGCCCUUGGUUUGUUUUAGUUUUUGUUUGUUUUAGUUUUAUGGUAACAAUUACAUAAAAUCGUAAAAUUAUGACGUCAGUCGGGAUCGAACUUAAGUAGACUGUAGACAGCGUUGUAUAAAACUAUGUACAGGGAUGACCAUAAUACCGUUCUUGUUUUGUUUUGAAAUGUCAAAUUGACAAAAUGUUCACUCAAAAACAUUAUCAAUGAACAUUAACGAAAGAUUGAACAUUGCGUACGAAAACGUGGCAUAUAAUGGCGACAAUACGUGGACAAAUGGCUCUUAUAUCUACCAAAAAGCAAACCUGGAUUUGUAUACCAGAGAACAGCAGUUGCGUUUGUUAAAAUACUCUCAACUCAGACCAAGAUCUGUGAAAGAAUCGAUUCCAACAAGUAAAUUGGCUCAAUACGAUAACUAUACUUAUAAUGAAGCCAGAGAGUUGUCUUAUAACGCAAACAUUUCAAGAUAUUUUACACCUUUGAGAAUAUCAGAAGAAUUAUGUCAAAAUGGGUACGAAGAGCCAUGGAUGUUACCUGAAAUAGAUGAUUUGUAUGUUUGGUUCUUAAAUUAUCGUAAGGAAAUAUUAAAUUACUUUAUAGGAACAAAAUGA